AUGUCGCAACAACAACAGCAGAAACAUAUUGUAGGUAUUCACUACGCCGUAGGUCCCAAGAUUGGCGAGGGUUCCUUUGGAGUUAUCUUCGAAGGUGAAAAUUUAUUGAAAGAUGCGUCCAAUGAACCAGUUGCCAUUAAAUUUGAACCUCGUCAUUCAGACGCUCCCCAACUAAGGGACGAGUUUAGAAGUUAUAAGAUAUUGAAUAAUUGUACAGGGAUCCCUCAUGUGUAUUAUUUUGGCCAGGAGGGUAUGCAUAACAUUCUGAUUAUUGAUCUUCUAGGUCCGUCUUUAGAAGACCUCUUUGAAUGGUGUGGGAGACGCUUUUCCAUCAAGACUACUUGUAUGAUUGCAAAGCAAAUGAUUAGAAGGAUCAAGGAUAUCCAUAAUCAUGACUUAAUUUACAGAGACAUUAAGCCUGAUAAUUUUUUAAUUUCUCAAUAUCAGAGGAUUGGUUCGAAUGAAAAAUGUAUUAAUUCCAACGCUCAUGCGGACCCUAAUCUGAUAUACUUGGUGGAUUUUGGAAUGGCCAAGCAAUUCAGGGAUCCAAGAAGUAAGCAGCAUAUUCCAUAUAGAGAAAGAAAAUCAUUAAGUGGGACCGCUAGAUACAUGUCAAUAAAUACCCAUUUCGGUCGAGAACAAUCCAGAAGAGAUGAUUUAGAAUCUCUGGGUCAUGUCUUUUUCUAUUUCCUAAGAGGCUCAUUACCAUGGCAAGGUCUAAAAGCUGCCAACAAUAAAUUAAAAUACGAAAAGAUCGGAUUAACUAAACAAAAAUUAAACCCUGAUGAUCUUUUAAUGAAUAAUCACAUCCCAAAACAAUUUGCAACAUAUUUAAAAUACGCCCGUUCUUUGAAAUUUGAACAGGAUCCUGAUUAUGAUUAUUUAGUUUCUCUAAUGGAUGAUACGUUGAAUGAACUGAAUUUAGUCGAUGAUGGACACUAUGAUUGGAUGGAUUUAAAUGACGGUAAAGGUUGGGAUAUUAAGAUUAAUAAGAGAACUAAUUUGCAUGGAUAUGGUAACCCUAAUCCAAGGAACCAAACAAAGACAUACGAUCAAACAAAUACGAAUAUAAGAGCUCCUAAGGUGAUGGAUAAUAAUGUCCAUAGAAAUAUGAACAUCGCACAAUUUUCCAAGAAUCAAAAUAUGCAACAACACAAUAACAUACGAGAUAGUUCUAAUUCGAAUCAAUAUCAAUCCAUUAGACAACCUAUUCUUAAUCCUCGUGUAUCAUCUAAUAAGAAUAAUACCUAUAAUUCAAUAGGUCAACGAAUAACGACAAACAAUGAUAAGAAGUCAAAAAAUUAUAAUAAUAAUAAUGAUCAUCGAACAAAUUUCCACGACACUAACUCCGGUUCCAUCCGUAGUUCUCAAGACGAUAAUAACAGAAGAAGAUGGUCAAAACUAUUCUGCUGUCUUAACUGUUGUUAA